AUGGAAGAAGAAAUGGUAUCCAAUAAUAGAACACAAAAUGAUUUUCUUGAAGAUGAAACUAAAAAAAUUAAUCAAGUCUUAGCCGAUGCCGAUUCGAACAGUACUUUGGACAAGAUAGCCCAUGAUAUGCGGUAUGUGCUCGAUGGCGUUAAAAAAAAUCUUACACAAGAUUCCUAUUCAGAUGUGAUUCCCGCUUUAGAAAACAUGAUAAAAGAACAUAUGGUGAGAUACGAAGAAAGUUCAGAAUUUUUAAAAUUCGAAAAUGACGGUGUUCAAAUGUAUGUUCAAGCAAAUGAAGAAUCGCAAGAUGUAGUAACCACCCCUCAAGAUGAACAAAAAGCGAGAAAAAAAACCGACAAUAUUAAUAAAAAAUCCAAUCAAACUAAUAACAAAUCCGAAAGCAAAAACAUAAUAAGCAACACAAAUAAAAAUACGAAUGCGAAAAGUUGCAAUAAAUUGAGCACGAAAAAUUCUAAAAAAAUUAUCAUGGAAUCUAAAACCAAUAAACCCAAUCCAAUAAUGAGAAAUAACAACAAAUCUAACAAUUUAAACCAAAUUAAAACACCAAUUAACAAAUGCAAAGAAACUAAAACAACCGUCAGCGAUAACAGUAGAUGUUCAACACCAACUAGCAAUGGAGGAACUAAAAACACUUGCGAAACCCGUCGAAAUGUUUCAAGUUCUACAAGAGGAAAUAAAAAUAUCACGCAAUCUCCAUUGAUUAAUUGUCCUGGUAAAAGUAAUUCUUCCUUGGCAGCUAUAAGACCGGGAUCUCUGAUCAGAAAUUACUCCAACGGAUUCAAAGAGAGUUUGUUUAUACCCAAAUCAACAAAUAUCCAACGCAAAAGGUUGGUAUGUAACAUCAACAGAAACGUAUAUAAUCCUUUAGCACAAUAUAAAGAAGAAGUAGAUGCAGCUAUUAAAGACAGAAAAACCUUUAUUGUUAAAGGUUUGUUCAAUGCAAUUAGAAGGGCACUCAUUCGAAGAGGUUGGAUAGAAAAAAUAGGAACAUCCUACAGAGAUUUGGGCACUGAUGAAAUGAGAACUUUGGCGCAUAAGCCAAUAGUGGAGCUUUUAGAUCUAAUUCGUCAAAGACACGAAUCGGCAGAACUGUGUAAAAGGUUGAUACGAUCGAGAUUGUUGAUAAAUCAUCAGGUUGAUUUAUAUUGGGGAUACAAUCGCGAUGGAUUUAAAGUGUGUUUAAAUAAAAAUAAAUUGACUCUUAUCAACAAAAUUCGAUGGAUUUCUUCUUCUUACACUAGCAAACAAGCUUUGAGCGCCGCUUCUAAGAAAGCCGUCUGGUAUCACAUACCAGGCGUGGCGAAUUUGAAUCAUCCACGGAGUUACAGACUCGUUCAAGAAGGCGACGCCGAAGAGUUUAUUAAAGAUUUUAAUCUAACCGCGGCUAUGUCUUUAUUGAAAUGGAUCAAAACGGCGAACGAUACCAAACAAUGUCGCAUAAUGAGCACGUCCGGUAAAAUACCACUAACAUAUUUUGAUUUUGCCAUCAACGAAUGUUAUAAAUUCAUCAAAAAAGCUGUGCACCAAGACAUUGAUCAUGAAAUAAUGGAAGCACCAUCACAAGAUUGGAAUGAAUUUUUGGAUUAUUUUUAUAAAAUAGUUCAUGUUGGAAAUCAUUUUAAGCAAGAAAAUGAUGUGACAGAGUUAGAUCUAGUAAGAAGGGCGUCUUUCGUUUUGGAGAAGCUGAAAGAUCAUUGGCCCUACCUAGAAAUGGAUGGUUUAAUGAACAUUUGGAUCCUAAAACCGACGAACAGUUGCAGAGGACUUGGUAUCCACAUGUGCAGGACAAUCAAUUAUGUCCUGGAAACCAUAAAAGCGAAUCCACAAAGGAGAUACAUUAUUCAGAAGUACGUUGAACGACCACUGUUGAUUUACUGCACAAAAUUCGACAUAAGGCAAUGGUUUUUAAUUAGCAGUUGUUGUCCCCUUACUAUAUGGAUUUACAGGCAAUGUUAUUUGAGAUUUAGUUCGCAAACGUAUACUUUGAGAAAACUGCACGAAUCGAUACACCUGACGAACAAUUCGGUGCAAUCUAAAUACCAAAAUCAUACGAAAGAUUUCAAUUUGCCGAGUUUCAAUAUGUGGGAUUCUUCUCAAUUUAUGAAUUAUUUAUCAGAUAUAGGUUAUCCUAAAGUAUAUAAAGAAAUAAUUUAUCCCGGUAUGAAAGAAUGUAUAACGGCGGCUGUUUUAACGCAUUACGAAAAUAUGGAGGCUAGAAGUAAUACUUUCGAAUUAUACGGGGCCGAUUUUAUACUUACCGAAGAUUUCAAACCUUGGUUGUUGGAAAUAAAUUCAAAUCCGGCCCUGUACGCUUCCACGCCGAUUACCGCCAGAUUGUGUCCGAGGGUUUUGGAAGAUGUUAUAAAAGUUGUUGUGGAUCACGGAAGGAAUAAGAACGCUAGUACUGGCGGAUUUGAGCUUUUAUAUAAAGGAAUAGACACAAAAUGUCAACAACAACAAUUCUCAGUUGACGGUAAAAAUAUCAAAAUACAAAAAUGUAAUGAAGAUGAUCAAAUCAAAUGUAUAGAAAGUAAUAUUGUGAAAAAAGUAUUGUCUUGGAACGAUACCGAAACAUGUUCACAAUUAGGUUCGGGUAUGAAAAAGACUUUGGAAGGUUUACUUGAUCUCAUUCAAAAAGAAAAACAGCGACGGGAAGAGAAACUUUUAAAUCGCAGCGUCAAUGCAGUGAAACUCGACAGCGAAAUUCAGACGUACGAAAUAGAUACCAAAUCAAUGACGUCAGCACCGGAAAUGUCGGAAGUGGCGAUUCAAUCAUAA